AAACUUCCGGAGUCGGGUUGUUGUUUUGCUGGUUGUCAGUCUGUCUGAGUGGUAACAGUAAACGGAAAAGGUUGUUUUAUUUUUGUAUAUAUAUUGACAGUCGACUGUCACAACUGGAACGACUUUUUUUGUUUUUUUUACUGAACAAACAUCUGGAUAUAAAGUGUUGUCGCCGGUUUACAAACUCCGCGGUGACCGGACUGAUGCAACAUGGCAGCAACUGCUGUCACCAGGUGUCUGCUGUCAGCACUCAGGACUCGGUGUCAGAGCCGCGGACUGAGCUCUGUGGCAGAGAGGACAGUCAGCCGAGGGUCCUCUGGGGUGGUGUGUAACCACAGGGAGCCAGAAGGGGACACAAGCCUGGACAGGAGAGCUGCUGCUGGGGACAGAGGAGGUGGUCGGGACGGCAGCAGCAGCAGCUCCCCGCUGGUGAAGUCGGUGUCGCUGGGUUUGGGUCUGUGUGCUGCGGCGGUUCUGGACAGUCAGAAAGAGGACAAAAGAGUCUCGGUGUCAGGACGGUGUCUUGAAUUAAUCCUGCCUUCAGCUCAGUGUGCUUCCCCCUUUAAACCCGACAGCCCCCGGUACAGAUACAACUUUAUUGCAGAUGUGGUCGAAAAAUCCACUCCAGCGGUGGUUUACAUCGAGAUCGUGGGCAGACACCCGUUUUCAGGAAGAGAAGUUCCGGUGUCCAACGGCUCUGGUUUUAUCAUCAGCAGCGACGGUCUCAUCGUCACCAACGCCCACGUCGUGGCCAACAAGAGAGGCGUCCGUGUGAAGCUCACCAACGGAGACACGUACCACGCCUCUGUGCAGGAUGUGGAUCCGGUGGCAGAUAUCGCCACCAUCAAAAUCACUGCAAGGAAUCCUUUACCCACGCUCACGCUCGGCCAGUCGUCUGGCGUCCGACAGGGAGAGUUUGUGGUGGCCAUGGGGAGCCCGUUCGCUUUGCGGAACACGAUAACAUCAGGGAUUGUGAGCUCGGUGCAGAGAGGCAGCAAGGAGCUGGGUCUGUCGAACCCCAACAUGGAGUACAUCCAGACGGACGCUGCCAUCGAUUUUGGAAACUCUGGAGGUCCCCUGAUUAAUUUGGACGGUGAAGUCAUCGGUAUAAACACCAUGAAAGUAACAGCAGGGAUCUCCUUUGCAAUCCCAUCCGAUCACGUCAAAACGUUUCUUGAGCAAGCAGCAAAAAAAAGGAGUUCCUGGUUUGGCGAAUCGGCAGCAAAGCAGCGGUACAUCGGCGUUAUGAUGCUGACGCUGACAUCGAGCAUCAUCACUGAGUUGAAGUUGAGAGACUCGUCGUUUCCUGACGUGACACACGGCAUCCUGAUCCACCGAGUCAUCAUGGGCUCCCCGGCCGACAGAGCUGGCAUGCUGCCAGGAGACGUGGUGGUGGAGAUCAACGGGGUCAAGGUGAACACGUCGGAGGAGAUCUACCAGGCAGUCCGCAGCAGCGACAGCAUCACGAUGGUGGUGCAGAGAAGAAACGAGUUGCUCCGACUGCAGAUGACUCCUGAAUACACGGAGUAAUCCCACGAUUUGCUAACUUCCUGUUAGCCCGAUGGACAGAAAACCACGUUGUUGGUUCACGUACAAGAGACAAGAGAACGGUGAAACCAAACAGCGACUGUGGUCAAAUCUGUAUGCAGCCGAGUAAAGACUUAACGAAGCUGCGGUUUUUGAUUACUUUUGUUCAUGUGAAGGAAAGUGGAGCUACAGUUAUGCUUCUACAGUGUCGGUAUUUCACUUCCUGUCUCUGAACGUCCUCUUCACUUGGCUGAAGGCUGUUAACUCGUCACAUUUUCAGUUUGAUUCAUCAGAAAUCUGCCAACGUCUGAAUGAUGAGUCCAGUGUUCCUCUGUGGUUAUCUACCUCUGCAAAAGGCUUCGUUACUGUAAUGAUUUGCCCAAAAACGCAGCAUUUGUGAAAUAAAACUUAACACAACCUGAAGCCGUGUACUUUAGUAAAGCCAUUUAAUGUUAGACAGCAAAAAGAAGCAUGAGAGACCCAACACUAUGGCAAGGAACAAUGGUAUUAAACUGACUACCAUCAGGUGAGCAAAGUUGUUGGACAAGUCACAAAUGUUACUACGAUGACGAUGAUUACACGAGUAAAAUAUGAAUCGAUGAGACUUAUUGACUGCUCCGAGUAUGUCACGCACAGUAAAGACCAGAACCAUGAAUUCACUUCAUGUAAGAGGAAACUGCCGACUCUGCAUGAUGACGAGUACAUAAAAAAAAAAGAAAG